CGGCCGCCGCAGUAUUGGUCGAUCGCGCGCGACGGCAUCAGCAACAGCAGCGGUAGUGGCAGCGAAGUUGGCCGAAUUUCCUAUAUAUAUUAUUGAUAAAUAGCUCGCGUCGUUGCUCGUGUGACUUUCCGAGACGGUUAAGAACAGCCGACUUCGUAUCGUGCGUGAAUGUGCGUGACCUCGUCGUCGGGAGAGAGGCGUUUUCGCGCAGGAGCGUUCGAGCGUGCUCUCCUCGCGAAGAAGAAAGAAAAGUGUGGUGGUGUUCCAUGAACGAGCAACUACACGUACGACGUACCGUGACGACAGUUACGUGAGAAGAGAGAGAAGGAGAAGGAAAGAGAUAGAGAGAGAGAGAGAGAGAUAGAGGGAGAGAACGCGCGCGCGUCGCUUCGCAAACGGAGAUCGGUGGUGGACGAGAGCAGCCGAGCGCGGACGACGGGAUUAUCGUACGUUUGGGUGUGACGGGACGUGUCGCGAUACAGUGUGGACGAUUCGGACCGGCAAAUUGCACGGAUAGUGUUGUGUACGCGGGCCCCCCAAAAGGGCAGGCCCUGGCAGCGUUCCUCGCGAGAGCCUGCGGCGCUAUCCCACGAGAGAGCAUGCCGAGCCCGGCCACGAAGAGGACACACAGGAGAAAAGCGGUGUACGGAACGCGGUGCACCAGAUAAUUCUGAUCUCGACGAAAAUAUUUUAAUAGCAUCGCUGUUUACGUCAUCUCAUUGUAGCGAGCAGUGAGAGAUUGCUGUUGCGAAUUAUUAUUGUUAUUACAAAGUUUGACUCUGGAAAAUAAUCAUCCUGAAAACUGAACAACGCUAUUGCAACGAUUACAAACGAAUCAUCGUCGGUGUGAUACCGGAAUGUUUUCGCCUAUAUUGCAAGAGAACACGUUGGAAUACAUUUAAACGAGACAUCAAGUAUGCUACGCUUCUUCAAAUGUGGAAAUGAAGAGAGCAAUAUCGUCUUAUGAUAAACAAUGGGAGUAAAUGAUCGAUAACAUGAGAGAAACUGUGGAAACGACGUAAUUACCGUGGCCGUAAGGAUGGCAGGCCAGUAAAUCAGACUGUAUAUUAAAAAUACAAGAGAAACACAGCAGAGGACAAAGAAAGGGACAAGUCGAAUAGUCAAUCUAGGGUGGUGGACGGUAAGGGAGGCAGGACUGAGCCGUGUAGUAAUGGAUGAAUGGGAGUGAGCGCAGUGCACGGGGAGCGCAGGAGUGGCGGGCGCGCACGUUGUGGCACGUCGUGGGAGCCUCUGGAUGUGGAGGCCGCGGCACUGGCAACGUCAGUGGCAGUGAUGGCCCCUGCUCUGACGGAAGACGGUCCUCAAAAGCCUGAAAACUUGCUCCCUACCCUACCAGCAGUUGCCAGCGGCUUUCUGUCCGCCGAGCAGGCCACGCAGGUGUGCCAGAACCGUGAGAUCUUGACCAAGUUCGUGGUGCCGGCAAACGUGCAACCGUCGAAGAUCGACGAACAGUGCUUGCGCGGUAUCUCGAAGGACCUCAUACGCGAUGUCAUUAAUUCCAAGUACGCUAACGAUUUUGACUCGCUAUCCGCGUUCGCAAACGCGUCCGACUUGAUCGGAUCGAGAAACGGUACGGCAGCGUGUCUGCAACAGCAGGCGGAACAGGAGGACUUUGAGCGGCCGGUCACGCUGCCGGACGCUGGUCACGCCGUAGGGAAGGUGAUCGACAUUAUAAUGAGCGACCCAUCUAUGGGUGAUCAAACGAACAACAUGGGUUUCUUGAAAUCGAGCGUGGAUUUGCCCUUAGCGGCUACUGAGAUUGAAACGGGAGACAAUAAGAAUCUGGACGUCGAUCAGAUCAUGGCCUUUGGCACCGAUAUCACCACCGAGCAAUGCAACAUAGGGAACGUCGCUGAUAUUGGGCACAACGUGGAUGAUAUCUUGCAGGUCAUUAAUUCGAUAGAAGACGCGGAAAGUGUCGAGAACAUUUCCGCCGGUGGCGGCGAGCCGGUGCAAAGCGCUGUCGAUGGCGUGGAGAUGUUUGCUAUGCCCGAGGAGGGAUUUGCGUCCUUCGAACGGGAUUUACUUAAUGGCGUGGAUGUAAUGAGUCUCUGCAAUGAGAAUAUGAAUAUAUCGGUGGACACGGUGGACCAACAGAAGUCUAACAGUUUGAAGUUACAACAGGACAUUGUGGCGCAAAAGCAAUUCGAAAGUGAGAGACGAUGCGCGUUUUUAUUAAGAAGAUUGAGAAAACUUCAAGGGAGAAUAGUGGGCAGACAUGUGGCGGAGGAGAAUACCGGUGUUCUCGAGUUGGCCCAUCAUGGAGUAAAGAAAUAUUUUCUGCAAGAAUUGGUCAAUAUUGGUUCGAAAUCCAAUGUGAGAAAUUUUCCUGAGAUUAGCAGUAGUUUGCAUUCGUUCUUACAAAGAAUUGAGAAAAUGUGCGUUGCCCAGAGUAACAGUGUGAAUCGUCAGAGAGUGUGUUGUCGAUAUUUCGGUGGAGGAUCGCGUGAUAACGCAAGCGGCGGUACGUCCGGCAAUAAUGGCAAUCGUCAGCCGGUAUUCGGUACCCCUCAGGUUAAACUAAACGGUGAAGAAGUGGAAAGUGUGUCCGGAGCUUUGUCCACACAAUUACACAUUGUGGAAUCUAACUUUGAUUCGGAUUGUACAGCAUCCAGUAGUGGUGGAGAAAGUUGUGACGAAAUGCAGACAUUUAACAAUCCUCAUCAACAGAAUCUACUCAUAUCCAAAAGAGCAGCAUGGAGAUAUGCACAGGAUCGUGCAGGUGUAGCAUCACGGUGGACCUGGCUGCAGGCGCAAAUAUCAGAUUUAGAGUACAGAAUUAGACAACAUAACGAUCUGCAACGGCAGAUUAGGGCCGCGAAAGGCCUGGUUGUUCUCGAAAACGCGGAAACUGUUAACGGAUACAGUGGCGCUUUACCAGGUUCUACUGGACGAUACAAUUCGCCUGAGGGUGAAUUACCAGCUAGUAGAACGCGUCCAUUUGUAUGGAGUUUUUAUAGAAAGCGAAAGCUUUUGCAAGUGGAUAGGCUACAUGAAGUUUCAAAGCGUGCAGCUAAAGCGUCAACAGUGAGAUGCAAUUGUGAUCAUGUGUUGCCUGCGUGUGCUUUAUGUACAGGAAGGUUAGAUCCAAUGCAGCCACAAGAACCAAUUGAACAACUUUCUGUACAGGAACGUGUAGCACUUGUUGAUCCUAGUUUUCAUUCAGUGUUGUCAUUCCCCGAUGAAAUUGUACAUGGAACCCAUUUAGAAGCUAUUAUGAAAUCAGUGGAGUGGCAGCAGAAAAUGUUGAGAGGCAAUAUGCGAGCUACCCGUGUGAAAGAUAAAGAUAGCAAUGAAAGAAGAAAUAAAAAACUUCCCAACAGAACAAAAUAUACCGCGCGGUUAAAGAAAUCAUCCUCGACUAUUCUUACAGCAAGGAUCAAGAGAAAAAUGUUGAAAAAUGGUAAAAGAAAUAGACUUGGCCAUUCGGAGAGAAGCGUGCCUGGAUUAAACAAGAAAAAAAUAUCAAAAUUGCCAACUGAGGAUGAUGACGACAUUAGCGCGCUUUCAAGUUCCAGCAAACACUCAUCCCCAGUGCCUUCUCCAUUGCAACAUGUUACUGCCUCUUCGGAGAAAAAUACUGUUAAAGAAAAAAGUUCCAAUCCACAUGGGCGUUUGCGACAAAACUCAUACGAUAUUGACAAUAUAGUCAUCCCCUACAGUGUCGCUGCUUCAACGAGGCCUGAAAAAUUACAAUACAAGGAAAUUUUAACACCAAAAUGGAGACUGUGCGACGAGCCCUCGAAAAUGGAUGUGAAGAAUGGUGUAAUGCACAGGCCUGGUCAGGACAGUGAUUUUGAAGACAUGUCGGACGAAACAAUCGCUUUGAGGCACGAGCGUAGCGAACGCGAGGAAUAUAAACGUUUCAUGACAUACCUUAGUAUGCCGCAUCAAACACGCAUUCGUCACAAUCGUCGUAUCGACAGCAGAGCAGACAGUGGUGCGAACACACCAGAUCCUAUGUCACCGCACGCAAGUAGUGACUUUGGUGGAGACGUGGUAUCUCCGUUUACGUCUCCACCUGCCACUCCGUCUCAGGUGCAGGACACAGAACAGCCAUCGGGUUUAGAUUCGCACCGACCGUCUGCUUUACAAAACUCUUUUCGACGUCGUACCAUGCCUGCUUUAAGACUAGGGAAGGACGAUGCCGUGGCCGCAUUUACCGAAGAUGAAAAUGAGAUUUUACCUUACGAGCCAAGAGUAUUCCCGUUAUCUGAAGAAGUUUAUGACAAAAUGUUGGAAGUGAUGCCGGACGGACACUGGCAAGCUUCGUCGACGUCUCUAUGUUCCCGCGACGAAGACAAGGGUGAUGAUGACGGGGAAAUGGAUUCUCCCGAAUCGGAUUCGACCGAAUCUGCUUGUUGUGACAUAGACGGUGAGGAUCCCAAUGAUCCCGAAUGGACAGUAGGUGACGAUAGGGACACUGAAAAGGAGAGAAUACGUCCGACGGCUAAGAGAUAGGAUAUAAAACUCUUAAUAAGUACAGUAUGUCUACGUCGUCGUUACUAUAUGCAGAAGCUACCUGUCAAUUGUUAUAUAUACCUGUCGGUCAUGUAACAUUGCACCUUAAGUUAAUGGUAUUACGAAUCUGUAAAGUGUAUUAUAAAUAUAAAUUUUAUAACUUCAUUCUCUGCUUAAAUUAAUGGAAAGAACCUUAAUUAAUUAUAUUGCUCUUUUUUUAAGUAUUGCUAUUUUGGCCAAAGCAUUAGAACUGUACGAGCGUCAUAGUACAUUUAGGAUUAUACUUGCAUUACUGAUCUUUUUCCCUUCUCUGUUAUAUAAAUACACAUAGUAGGUAGUAUUAAUUCUCUGAAAAAAGUGGAAUCUCAUGACAGUGGUUGAGCCGUUUUGUACAAAACUAUAUUUGUUACAAUCACAGCUCUUCACUUAAAAUAAAAGUGCCAAUCGAAAUGUUUUGUAGCACUGUGUACCUUCCAAUAUUGCGUGCUUUUUCUAUUUUGUAAGAAAGAAUACACUAAUUUGUGUGACAUUCUAUGAAAAAUGUUAAUAUACUACAGAUGCUCUUGAAUGUAUAUAAAUUAUAAUUUUAUCGUUAUGUGAAAACUUGUAUUUAAAUCCUUGUAUAUUUUGCCCAUCAUUAUGACUCUUGCACCUAAUUUCGCAAAUGUCGUAAUUUAUGUAACAGUCAAAAUCAGUUAAGGAGUAUGAAUUUUCUUUUUUUUUUUUAGUAUUAAGAAUUCAGUUUUAUUUCUCAUAUAUGACCAAGUUGUGUCUUAAGAUAUUACUGGUAACAUCGUAUAGGUACAGGUAAGAGAGGACAAUGCUAUAAAAAAAUUAAAAUUAUAAAAAAGGAGUUGUAUAAAUUUAUGUAUUAUACAAGAUAUUCUUGACAUAGUGUGUGAGAAUUUAAAGUAUAUAAAACAAGUAUGCGCUAAUAUUAAAAAUGUAUUAUCAGUUAAUUACUGAUGCUCUGUAUUUUGACUGUUAUGUUCUUAUCAUUGGUAUAAUUUAUGAAAUAUAAAUUCAUUUGUUAAUUUAAGUUCAUACUGAAAGUCUUGUGUCACUGUGAUUUCGCGAUUUUCUAAUAGUCUGUGAUACUACAUGUAUUUUCUUUCGUAUUAAAAGUUUUAUAACCA